AUGUUUAAUAAUCUUAUUAAUUAUUGUUUUCCAUCAGCAGAUAUUCUUACCGAUGAUGAACAAUCACUAACAACAAUAACAACGAAUCCCAUUGUAUCAUCUGAUACACGCAUUGAAAUGGAAUGUAAAGAAUUUCUACCUGAAGUAUAUGAUACAUGGUCAUUGAUAGAUAAGUUAUCAACAAAUACACUAAAUUUUCGUGAUAUCUAUGAUCUUUAUAAAUAUGAACGUUCUGAAAAUAAACAACGAAAUUAUUUUGAUCAAUUAAAAAAUCUUGAUGAUACUAUAUAUAAUUUAUCAUAUACAAUUCAUCAACGUAUUCAAACACUUGAAAAAUUUAUUCAACCAAUAUUAAAUGAAUAUCAACGAAAUAGAUUUCAAGAACAAGAAUCAAAUAAUUAUAUACCAGCUCAUAUACGUAUAGCAGAAAAUCAAUUAACUAGUUUAAAAUUAUCUUUUCAACGUAUUAUAAUAAAACAUAAUUUAAAUUCAAUUGAUUAUCAAAAUGAUCUUCAACAAUCCAUACAAAAUUCAAAAACAAUUAAACAAUCCUAUGAACAAAUAUCACGAACAACAACUGAUAAAAUGAAAAAUUUCGUUAGUACCUAUGAUGAAAAUUUAAAUAUAGCACCAAUUGUAUCACAAGAACAAAUACAAUUACAAAUUUUAGAAGAUAAACAACAACAACAACAAGAUUUAACAAAACAAGAAAUACAAAUAGCUGAUCUUCAAGCACGUUUAGAAAGUAUACGAGUAUUGAAAGAACGUGUUCGACAAAUGAAUGAAAUGACUAUGGCAUUAUAUCUUUCUAUUCAAGAACAAAAUGAUUUAGCUGAUAAUAUUUGGUUAAAUACAAGUACUGGAUCUGAUUAUAUUGCACAAAGUGUCGAUGAAUUUCGUUUAGUUAAAAAAUUAAAACAAUCUAAAAUUAGUUUAUGGAUUAAAUUAAUUUGUAUUACUUUUUGUUUUGUUCUAAUUCUCUUACUUAUACUUACACUUAUACUUAUUCUUAAUCAAAAAUAA